CCCAGGAUUCGUUAUUAGCUAGGCAAACACAGAUCAUUCCAACCCACACCAUCCCACGCAUCGUGGGCGGUUGAUCAGCGAUCAUCAUCCUGACGGCGAGGCGAUGUACUACGCCGUCGGCAAGCACAAGGGUUGCUUUCCCGACUGUAAGAGCGAACAAGGACGGUCUUCGGGGUUGCUGCAGGCACAAGGUUGCCUUCCCGACUGCAGGAGCGAACAAGGAUGGUCUUCGGGGCUGCUGGAGUAGGAGAGAGUUCAGUCACCGCGCACCCUGCUGGCCUGCUUCUGUGCAUCUCCAGCACUAGCGCACUCGAUGUUGCUGGAGUUCAACCUCGGGUGGAACCUGAGGAUGAUGGUCAAGAACCGUGGCUUGCCCGCAGCGCUGGGAGGACACUACAACAAUUAUCGUGGGAAGCUGAUCCAGCGGGCCAUGGGGACUGGGAGUCGAGUUGCCCCGUCCCCCCAGAGUGGCCGGCCGCCAUCGACUCAGUACAUGUAGGCACUAGCGAGAGGGGUUGGCUCGCCAGGAGCUUAUGGGGGGUAGAGGCUGAGGGUACAUGAAGUUUCCACGAUGAUGAGGCGUUGUGUGUUCGUGUGGACGAAAGUAAUGAUGACAGCGGCCAAACGCUGCUGUCGCACCUGACGCUUUCACGGCAGGGAUGGGCGAAACAAUGCCAGAAUCGAGGGUCCACACCAGGGCGAGGAGCGCAACUGCGGAGACGACCUGGCGCUGCUGACGGCAGGGGAACAAAUGGGAGGACUUUCACCAGCACCAGCGGGAACAACGCUCUCCGUUUCGACCUUCGACAACCCGGGGACGGGGCUGCGUGCGAGGGCUCGGUUGAAGAAGAGAUGCAGCCUGGUCUUCUGUUCUAAUGGGCGUCGCAUUUUUCUGGAAGGCUGGCCUGACGGGGGGA